AUGGCCCCUCCAGCCUCCAAAUGGUGGCAAGCCCCUGACGACGCCGAUUUAGACUACGGAUUCGAUUCUGACGACCUGGAUGCUAGAUUCGCCGAAACUGCUCGGAUUCCCCACCGCCCACGCACCCGCGAAGAAUUACAGCAAUUGGAAGCGCAGGCCCGAGGACAGGAUACUAGUGAGAAAGGAGUGUUUGGAAAUAUGUCCUCUUGGUUUCACCGGCAGGCCGGAUCGCAAACUUCGCAGCUUGCGACUACGGCGGUGCUGUCCGGUGCUGCCGUUGCAGGUGCCAUUUUUGGAUACCAGGCUUAUAAGAGGACGGAGGCCGUUCAUGAUUUGAAGGCUUCUAUUCCGGUGCUUGAUGAUGAGCAUCCUGCGGCGAAGCUGACACAAUAUGGUGCCGCUGACACUGGAAUUCCUCUGAGUAAGGAAGACGAGCGCAGCGCAGCUCUGGCUCGCAGGGCGCAACAGGGUGACUACGAUGAUGGUUCGGACCCUUCUAUACUUCUGUCUUGUAAGAAGCUAACCCGAUUCCAAUACAAUUUAGACUUGAUUCUCGAACAACUUGCCCGGAACCGUGUCUUCCUCACAGAUGAAGGUCUUGCGAAGCUCCGAGGAUCCUACAUCAUCGUUGUCGGCUGUGGUGGCGUUGGAUCCCAUGCUGCUGCGACUCUUGCUCGUUCUGGUGUAUCCAAGAUUCGUCUGAUCGAUUUUGAUCAAGUGACAUUGUCUUCGCUGAACCGCCACGCUCUCGCUACACUAGCAGAUGUGGGAACUCCAAAGGUACACUGUAUUAGGAGGCGGUUGGAGCAGAUUGCGCCAUGGGUGAUGUUCGAUUGCCGCAAUGAGCUUUUCAGCAAGGAUGCUGCAGAUGAUCUUCUCGGUCCAUGGACCCUGACACACGAAGGAGAGGGCCGUCGGCCAGACUACGUCCUGGAUUGCAUUGAUAACAUUACAUCCAAGGUGGAUCUGCUGCACUACUGCCAUAAGAAUGGCUUGCCCGUGAUCUCGUCGAUGGGUGCUGGGUGCAAGUCAGAUCCAACUCGUGUCGUGGUUGGAGAUAUUUCUACCAGCACUGAUGACCCACUGUGUCGCAGCACACGGCGUCGGUUGAAGAUGCUGGGAGUCACCACCGGCAUUCCGACUGUCUUCUCGACCGAAAGAACCGGACCCGGCAAGGCUAGCCUGCUCCCACUGGCCGAGGAUGAGUUCAACAAGGGCAAGGUGGGCGAGCUGAGUGUCCUUCCCGACUUCCGAGUCCGCAUUCUCCCCGUCUUGGGCACGAUGCCCGCUGUCUUUGGCUACACCCUGGCCAAUCAUGUCAUCUGCAGCGUGUCUUGCUACCCGAUUGACUACAACACGGCUGGAAAGGGCCGCGACAAGCUGUACGAUACUAUUCUGGCCGCUCUGACAGGCUUCAUGGAGAAGCAAGUGCGCCAAGUCGCCGGUCAAGAUCCCACAGGCCUCCGUCUUCCCAUCAGCAAGGAUGACAUUCAGUACAUCGUGGAGGAGAUUUACCGAGGCAAAAGCGUUGUUACUGGCCUACCUAACCGCCUAGUGCUGAUUCCUUGGCAGGUCCCAUCGCAAGGGUUUGAGAUGGAUCUCACCUGGGAGAAAGACGGACAGAAGCUGUUUAGACUUGAUGCGGCGGAGUUGGUCUGUAUGACGAAAGACGAGGCGACCCGUCACGAACGUGAAGUGCUUCGUGGGGGAAAGAAGGUUGAGGAGUUAUAUGAUGAGACAGUUCUGCAGCGGGUGAGCCUGCGGAAAAGGGAAACCGAAGAGUGGAAAAAGCAGACUGAAGAGUACUUUCAAGUGCAAUAA